CUCACACACACACACACACUCCGCUCCGCUGUAUGGAUGGGUGGUCUACUCCCACACACUCCUCCUCUUCUCUUGUCCCUUUGCCAAAAAAUGUGAAACGCAAUCCGAUUGCCCGGAGUUAUUUUAGACGCUCAUGCUCAGCUCUCUACCUCCACAGGAACAUGGACGAAGCAGCAGAGCGGCUCAGCAGCAGCAGCAGCGACCAUCGGUUUAACCUCCUCCGAGUAAAAUGAGGAAACCCAGUCGUCUCCGUUCACCCCUCGUUGUUGUACUUCUCCUGGCCGCCCGUCUCCAAUGUCUCUGUCGGUAGUCCUGCCCGGGUCGUGCUGUCGGUUAGCCGGGGCUUCAUUUGCUCCUCACUUCGCAGAGCCAUCGCCAUCUUCCCGAGGCCGCAGCCGCUGCUGCUCGGCCGCCGCUCGGUGGCGGAUGUCCGGCUCCCAGGCGCGGCUCUCUCCCGCGCUGCUGCCCGCUCGACCGCUGCUCUCGCUCGGGCUGCUGCAGCUGGUUCUCGGCUGCUCCAUGGUGGCGCUUUCUUUCGGGGCUCUUUCCCUCAGCAACUCGCCUCCUAUCAGGAAUUCGUGUCCGUUUUGGGCAGGGUCUUCAGUCAUCCUCUCGGGGAUUAUCGGCCUCACAACAUGGAAACGGCCCAUGCUCCUGCUGGUGAAUCUGUUCGUGUUGCUGUCAGUGGUGUGUAUUCUGCUGAACCUGGCAGGGUUCAUCCUGUGCUGUCAGGGAGCUCAGCUGGUGUCCAGUACCAUCAACUGUCAGCUGAGCGAGCAUGGUGAUAUCUGUAACUGUUGUGCUGAUAGCCCCAGCAGCUUGUGCCCGGAGGAGAAGCUGAUAAAGAUUUAUGCUGGCCGCUCGUGCGAGACAAUGAGAAUGCUGCUCAAGAAAGUUCUGUUUGCACUGUGUGCAUUGAAUGCGCUGACUACAGCAGUGUGUCUGAUCGCAGCUGCGCUCAGGUACCUCCAGAUUUUCUCAGCCAGACGGCCCUGCACGGAGGAGCUGCGGAACGUUCCAGAAGAAGGAGAGGAGCAGCAGCGCACCCCUGAUCCUGAGGAGUUUGUAGCUCCUGCACCCCCUCCUUCAUACUUCUCCACCUUCUACUCCUACACCCCACGGCUGGCACGCAGGAUGUUUGGUGACAGUGUGAUCCCGCUGCCGCAUAUAUACGGGGCGAGGAUCAAAGGAGUGGAAGUUUUCUGUCCCCUUGACCCACCGCCCCCCUAUGAAGCUGUUGCUGCAGGAGAGAAUCAGACCGUACUGGCACAGGACUCUGAGCUUCAAGUGACAGAGCUGACCGAGGGGCUGUCCCACUGCUCUGAGACGAACACCAGUGAUGACAGGUGUCUGCAGACAUCAGUACAUAGUUCCACACAGCCCUGUCAGACUACCAGCACAGCCUCGUCCAGCAGGAAAACACACAGACAACGCCUCCGCAGGUCCAACAGCGACCCUGUUCUCCUGGACCUUGCUGCCAAAGUAAUGAGCUGUGAAGCAGCCACACAGACUGAAAUAAGUCCCGGGACAGGGCCAACCGGGAAGGCCACUGUCACCCUGCGACGGGGGAAGGGUCCUCGGAGGCCACGUCCUGCAUCCAUGGUGGACUACCAGAGCUACAGGGACACCAAGCUGCUGGUGGCCCGCUUCCUACAGCAGUCCUCGUGCAGCCUGACCCCAGAGGUCCAGGAGCUGAUUAACAGCAUCAAGACAGUGCUGCGCUCAGAUGAGGAGCACAUGGAGGAGGCCGUACGCUGUGCCAGCUUCAUAGACCAGGUUAUCACCGGGUCAGAGAGCAGUCAAGCACCAACAGUCCAAGCUAGGCAGCCACAGCUGGAGUGCACUUCCAAUACACUGCCGUUACGCAAGCGGCCUGGUCUGCUGCACCUGCGCAGCUGUGGGGACCUCAGUACCUUCACUUGGGCUGAGCUGCAAGUGGGAAGCACGUCCCGCUCACGCUUCACCUCCAGGAUGGGCUCUCGGGCUGGAUCCCGCCGGCUGGGGCAGGAGCGCCCACACAGCCUGAUAGGAGUGUCCAGAGAAACUGUUCUCUGAGAGCUGAAUAGACUUACUAUAUGGAAGAGAGGAAUGUCCUCCACUCUCAGUGACACAAAGCUGGGCAAAACAGCCGACAUACAGUUUGUGAAUUUUUUCUGUUUAUUGCAAUUUUAUGUUUUUACAGAGUUUGGUUGUGAGUGUUUGUUGGAUCCCAGUGUUGGUAAAGUCGGAUGAACACAAAACUGUGGCACAGUUGAGUUGAGCAUUGGCACACAGCGGAACUGAUUGUUUUUGUCUUAGAAAUAAUGCACUGUUUUACAUUAACACUGGAAAAUAAGAUAAAUAAAUAAAUAAAUAAAUAAAUAUAUGAAUUAAUUCUAAAUGGUAAAAUUUCUCAAUGGUAAAAUUUAUAGAAUUCUGUUCUUCUAUUCUUUCUGUUCGAUACUUUUAAUACAAAUUUACAAAAACGGAGCAGAUACGAGGCUUAGACCACCCCAAGCUCUAACAGGCUGGAUUAUUUAAAAUUUGAUGUGACAAACUGAUCUGUCUUCAUUUUAUUAAGUUUUUUUUUUUUAAUUGUCUGGUUUUGAGUAAUGUUUGCACAUUUUCCUGUCCCACUUACCGAGCUGAAUGUGCUGAUAAUAGAUCUCUUAAACAAGGCAGCUGUUGGUUAUAGAGUAAGGUAGUUUAUCAGUUAGGGUCUCUAAUGCAUAUAGUUUGCCUGCUUGCCUUGUUAUCAGUUAAGGGUUAAGACAUGAAACUUUAAGCCAUGACAAUCAAAUAAAUUGUAUCAAAUAAACAUUAUUUUUAAAAAAACA